CAGAUGAGCGGGAAAACUCGAGUUUGACAAUCAACUGAAAACAGUCAACGAAGCGAAGUGAAAAGUUUGUUUGGGUCAUUUUUUAGGCGCCUUUAAACUACCUAGACGGGAUACUAAGGAAGUGAAAAAUGCCAAAAAGACGGAAACGGAAAGGAAACCAGCUAGAUUCUCCUCCAGAAAAAGUUUGUGAUGAGGUCAUUGAGGAAGAAGCCAUCUGGAUUCAAUGUGAAAACAAGAGUUGUCUGAAGUGGAGACAAGUCACCACUGGAGAGGCUGACCAGGUGGGAGAAGGCUCGUGGUAUUGCUGGAUGAACAGGGAUGAGUCCUACAACAAUUGCUCUGUACCUGAGAAAAAAGCCAAACUCUCCAAAGAAAUGAAGUAUGUGUACAGUUUAUUGCCUCUGGGGGAAGUGGUGAUGGCUAAACUGCCUGGAUAUCCUUUGUGGCCAGGCCUAUUAACACCUGACCCAACAUGUGGAGAGUAUUAUGAUGCACUCCUUGAAAAAGAGCAUGAGCCUAUGCAGUACCAUGUAGAAUUCCUAGGGGAACAGCACUCCAGGGCGUGGCUUCGCCCCAAUGCUGUACACCCGUACAACUCCGUCUCAGAGGAAGAGAAAGCAAUACCUCUCAGAAAUAGGUCGGCUGCUAAGCUUCAGGCAUUCUAUCAGUCCUCUCUUGAUGAAGCAAGAAGAAUAUUGCCCUUGACAACCAAACGACGGUUACAAGUGUCAAACCAUUUCAAAUUUGAAGGAAUAAAGGACGAUGGAAAGGUGAAGAACAACAAAUCUUCUGAUAGAUGUUCAUCACCGAUAUUAACCAAAUCAAUAUGUGAAAAUUCUGCAUCAUAUGAUGAAAGGAUCAUUCAAGCUGUGGCAAAGACUAAGCCAGAUAUCAACCCCCGCCAUCACAAAAUGAAGAAACAAAGAACACAAUCUGAAGCAGAUAAAAUACAUACAAGUGAUCCUGACGAAGAAUUCAUGUCAACAGUAACCGCGGUGAUGCGUCAAAGAGGCCUUCCACUUCCCAAGACACCCAUGUGGAGGGGCCAGCAAGUCAGAUUACAUGACCUCUUCAAGGCCGUCCAGUCCAGGGGAGGGUUUGAGUCGGUGUGUAAAGAUAAUAAGUGGAAUGAAAUCUACUCUCAUCUAGUAUCUUCUGGGACACCAAUGGGCAGGACUAUCCGACUCUUUUACCUCAGGCAUUUGCUACCAUAUGAAAUGUUCAUCAAAGGUCCACCAUCACCAGUUGCUGAAAAUGUUGUAGUCAAUUCAUCACACACCAUCCGGAAUGAAAGUGACGACAACAGCUGCAUCACCCAAAAUGACAGGGAAGAUGACUGUCUUUCUGGUAGUGAAGGUGAACAAAAGGUCCCAGAAGUUAGACAGACAAGACAGCCAAUACAUAGACUUAUCACAGAAGAUGUUCAGAGUCAGAUCUGCCCAAGUACUACGAUUGCUGGGAGUCCUCCUGGAGGGCUUGUACCAAGCUCAAACCCUGACACCCCACUUGCACAAACUGCUACUCUCUUCUCAGAUGACAACGAUGAUGAUGAUGAUGACAUUGGUUUAGAAUCCGAAGCCGCAGAGCAUGAGCUUUUGCAGCUGGAGCGGCUUUUAUCCUCACUUGAGCCAUCUCUCUAUCCACCUCCAGUUAUUGAAAGCCCAGAGAGGAAAAGAUACGAGGCCCCAACCUCCUCAACAGUCCCCCAAGUCAAGACAGAUGUGUUCAAAACUUUGGAUGAGAUGGCCAAGAUAGAAGGAGCCAUCGCAGAGCUGGAUACAAUGGUCUCACUUGAGCUUAAUAACCUGUAGAUACCCUUGUCUCCUUGCUUGUCUUGUUGUACUACUGUACAUAUUAGACAGUGGUCUCACUUGAGCUUGAUAACCUGUAGAUACCCUUGUUUUCUUUCUUGUACUACUGUACAUAUUAGACAGUGGUCUCAAUUGAGCUUGAUAACCAGGAAGCACACUACCACAAUGGUAAUGUCAUGGUUUAUAAGUUUUAAAUUUAUUUUAUAAUUGGUAAAAGCCAAAAUGAUUAGUAAAUAUUAUAUAUUAUAUCGUCCGUUUUAUAGUUUUAUACUCAGUAAAUAGUCAUUUAGUUAAUGAAAUAAAGGGCAUAUAGAUCAUA